AGCAAAAAAGGACCCUCAAGAUUUCAUGACUAACGUUUUGGCAUGUUAUCAACUCCUAGAACUCAAUGUCAUAUCCGCACAAGACUUGGCUCCGGUGGGUCGUUCCAUGCGAACUUAUGCAGUCGCAUGGAUCGACCCAGACCGCAAGCUUUCCACUCGGGUUGAUUCCCAUGGCGGAACCAACCCGGCUUGGAAUGACAAGUUUGUUUUUCGAGUUGACGAGGACUUUUUGUACGAUGAGGAGUCAGCAAUUACUAUUGACAUUUAUGCCCUUCAUUGGUUCCGAGACAUCCACGUGGGCACGGCCCACGUGCUCCCCGGUGACAUCUUCCCACAACCAUCACAACCCAAUAGAAAUGCCAACAAGCCCAUGGGUUUGCGGUUUAUGGGGCUCCAAGUUGAAAGGCCCUCGGGUCGCCCGAAAGGGAUUUUAAAUGUUGGCGCAGCUAUAAUUGACAGCUCCAAGCGAAGCAUGCCUCUCUACACACAUGACCCCCCAACCGUUGGAUACAGUCAUGAUGAUCACAAUCAGCUGAGGCAUCAAACCAAGCCAGAGAUUCGGCGCACAAAGAGUGCCUCCAGCUCAAUGCUGGGCUCGGAAGCCAUAGCUCCUCAGUACCAAGCCAAGGCUAAAAAGGGAAAACCAAGUUCCCAAGUUACCUCUUCCGAAAUAAGCACCAAGAGUAAAAGGAAGGCUUCUAGCUCCAUGUUGAGUGCCUCUUUUUCGAAGGCAACCCCAAGGAAGGGCAAAUUGGGUAAGAAGGAGACAAAGAUAACAUCUCAUGACUCCCCAAACAACUUCAAUGUUGAUUACCAUGUAAAGUCCACACCAAACCGAGAAUUUCAAAACUCUUCCACUUUGCGAGAGUUUCAAAACUCACCUGCACGAAAGUUUCAAAACUCUCCUAUUAUACCAGAGUUUCAAAAUUCACCGGGUGAAUUUCAAAACUCUCCUAUUAAGCGUGAGUCUCAUAAUUCUCCCGCUAAACGGGAGUUUCAAAACUCGCCAAUGCGAGAGUUUCAAAACACUCCAAUUAAGCGGGAAUUUCAGAAUUCGCCAAUGCGGGAGUUUCAAAACUCUCCAGCUAAGCGAGAAUUUCAAAACUCACCGAUGCGAGAGUUUCAGAACUCUCCAAUUAAACGGGAGUUUCAGAACUCGCCAAUGCGAGAGUUUCAAAACUCUCCGACUAAGCGAGAGUUUCAAAACACUCCAGUUAAGCGAGAGUUUCAAAAUUCACCAAUGCGGGAGUUUCAGAACGCUCCAAUUAAGCGGGAGUUUCAGGACUCGCCAAUGCGAGAGUUUCAAAACUCUCCAACUAUGACGAGAACUUAUAACAACAAUGAUAAUGCAUAUAAAGGUGGUGUGAGAGCAACUCCAUUGCGCACGUUUGUAGUAACAAACGCGGCAUUGGAGUAUGGCACUCCAUACCGAUCAAACUUAGGUCGUCGUCCCAUGAUGACGAACUCAGAAUUGGGUCCGUCAGCCUCAGAGGUGGCAGCAAUUAUGGCGAGAAUACCAAUGGAGGAGGAGAAUUCUGAGGUGGAAGGGUGGAGCUUUGACGAGAGCGUGGAGGGGUCGCAUCCUAAAGUGAAUAGGUGGAAGGCGGAGCUGUCGCCGGAGUAUGACGAUGGUGAGAGGUCGAACUUGUCGGCCUCAAGCAAGAAAGGGAAGCAUUCACGUAAGCAAGCCGAUGGAGGGUUGUUCUCAUGCUUUAGUGUUAUAUGUGGUGUUGAGUGCUCCAUUGUUUGUGGUGGCGGCGCCGGUAAGAAGAGCCGGCGCCGCCGGGUUGAGUCCGUGGUGGACAAUGAAAGCUUUCUAUAA